AUGGAUUAUUUAAUAUCCAUAUCAAUAUAUUAUAAUACUACUACUACUACUACUACUACUACUACUACUACUACUACUACUACUACUACUACUACUACUACUACUACUACUACUACUACUAAUAAUAAUAAUACUUGGCUACUACAAUUGGUAGUAAGAUUGAUUAAUUUUUUAAAACUUAAUAAUACAAAGUUGAUCGUGAAUUGUUUAUUUUAA